UAUCGUAUUCCACAAGACGCAUGCGCGUUUUCAUGAGUGCGAUUUGUAUAUAUACUCUGCGUAUUCUGUUCUGCUAGUUUAGAAUGUUUUUCCCCUUUUCCAUAUAUGCUAACGUGGCCCUUUGACAUCUGACUAAACACUUAACCAUCAAUUUUACAAUAAUAGUAAUACACGGUGAUAUUGUUUUUCGUACAUUGUUUCCAUCGUGGAUUUCAAAAACUCAAACAUGAGGCGAACUCAUUCAGGUUAUGGUUAUGAACCUUUACCAAGUACUUCUUCCCAUUCUUUGGAAGAAGAGAAUGAUCAAAUGGCUGAACAGCUGAAAGAAAAAAUCAGUGCACUGAAAUCUUUAAGUAUCGAUAUUGGCACUGAAGUUAAAUAUCAAAACAAAAUGCUCGGUGACAUGGAUGACGAUUUUGAAAGGACUAGUGGAUCACUUAGUGGGUCAGUGGCACGAAUAUUGAGGAUGGCAAAAGGCAGUCAUAAUUACCAUAUAAUGUAUCUAUUUCUGUUUUCUAUAGCAGUGUUCUUUUUUGUAUGGAUAUUCUUGAAAUUUAAAUGACACCUCAGUGACAUUAAUUAAAAUAUUUCAUUCCUAUAAUGUUAUUCUAACAAUACAUUCUAUUUGAUAUUUUGGACUUUGUAUUGGAAGGCGUUGGUGAAAAUAUGUACAUAGCUCAGUCAAUAAUGUAUAAUCAUGAAUAUCAAUUCAUUUAUAAAAGCAUAUUUAUCGGACACUAAAAUUGUAAUGCGAGAUAGAUACAAUUUUGAAUUUAGAAAUAAUAAAUAUAUUUUUUAUAAUUUAUUUUUUUGAAAAUCACGUAAACGCAAUAAUUUAUUUAAUAUUUUGUAUGUAUGGAUCAGCAAUAUAAUUAUAAAUUUAUAUCACAUCGAAAAUAAAGCUUAUACCAUCAUUUUACACAUUUA